AUGGCUGCCGAGCUCUCUUCAACCAAGCUGAAUGCCGAAAGUCAUCUACUUUUAGACCAACCUCUCCUUCGCCUUCCACAUGAGCUAGCGAGGCGGAAUUUCAAGUCAGUGCAACGGAUCGUUGAGCGAGAAAGAGAAUACAUCAUCCCGGCGCUGAAAGAAGCUGCAAAUGGGUCGUUGGGUGGCACUCAGUCUCCUGAACAAACGCUUGCAUCCUUGGAUGCAAUGAUUGCUAGGAUGCAGGGUCUAAAACGAAAGAUGGAAUCCUUGCAUGAGGAAGAGAAAGGCAUUCAAAUGCAGUCGAAGAGGCGUAUCCAGCACCUGCAGGAUCUCUACAGCAUCCAGAACUUGGCGGAUGUCAAAUACGACGAGUGGUCGCGAACACGACUCAACAGACUUCUUGUUGAUCAUAUGCUACGGUCAGGUUUCUCGGAAAGUGCAAAGCAGUUAGCUGAAGAAAAAAAAAUCGAAGAACUAGUUGACACAGGCACAUUUAUUCAGUGUCAGCGAAUCGCAGAAAGCCUACGUCGAGGGGAGGCAAAAGAGGCAUUGCAGUGGUGUGGGGAAAACAAAGUCGCUUUGAAAAAGAGUCAGUAUACCUUGGAAUUCGAGUUACGCCUUCAGCAAUAUAUCGAAAUGGUUCGAACUGGACGACCCGAAAAACUUGUUGAGGCCAUGCAACAUGCUAAGAAAUAUUUAUCACCUCAUAUCGACACACAAUCAACCGAGAUCCAUCGUGCCGCUGGAUUGCUAGCUUUUAGUGAGGAUACUGAGACAGAGCCAUAUAAAUCUAUGUAUUCACACGAACGCUGGAAUUACCUCUCCAAUCUUUUCAUACGCACACAUCAUGAACUCUUGUCUCUUCCUCCCCGCCCCUUGCUACACAUCGCUCUAUCAGCUGGGCUUUCGGCCCUUAAAACACCCUCUUGCCACUCAGCAUAUGCUUCGUCCACUUCCAAUCCUCUAUCAACAACAACAUCGGUCUGUCCAAUCUGCUCUACAGAAUUGAAUGAGCUCGCUCGCCACGUUCCAUAUGCCCAUCAUACAAAGAGCUCUGUGGAGAGCGACCCAGUCAUUUUGCCAAAUGGAAGAAUAUAUGGGCGAGAACGACUACUGGAAAUGAGCAGGAAGGUUGGCUUUGUCGGGGAAGGAAAGGUUAAAGAUCCAACGACGGGCGAAGUCUUCGAUGAACGCGAAAUGAAAAAGGUUUAUAUUAUGUAG